UAGAACAUUAAGCCUCGGCAUCUUUUCCUGUGGGUCUCUUGGCGUUCCUGUAACUAGUUUAGACCACGACCCAUUAACCACAUGAGGCCUCGGUCGAGCGAUCCGGAGUUGCUUUCCCCAGAUUCCCAGCGCCGAAGUGGUCCUCGCCAUCCAGUGCUUUCAUAGACACCUGCAUUUCUAAGUUCCUGUAGACAUUGUCUUUCUUCUUCAUCCUAUUGCUACCUAUAACAUUUCCGAUUUCUGUGCUGUCUAAGCGCCUUACAUACUUGUGUAUUCCCACUACCAUCUACAGUGAGCAGUCUUGCACCCACCGCAAAGAUGGCAUCUCCACAGAAAAUCCGAACAGAGAUCACCGAUUUGUUCAACAUCAAACACCCCAUCCUCCUGGCCGGUAUGAACGUGGCUGCCGGUCCUGAGUUGGCGGCAGCAGUCUCGAAUGCCGGCGGUCUCGGUGUCAUCGGUGGCAUGUCCUACACCCCAGAGAUGUUGAAGGAUCAGAUCGAUGAGAUGAAGUCUCACAUGACGGACAAGAACGCACCGUUCGGUAUCGAUCUUCUACUUCCUCAGGUUGGAGGAAAUGCCCGGAAGACGAACUACGACUACACUAAGGGCAAACUAAAUGAUCUGAUCGACAUCAUCAUCGAAUCGGGCGCCAAACUCUUCGUCUCCGCCGUAGGCGUCCCGCCAAAAGCCGUCGUCGAAAAGUUGCACAAGCAUGGCAUCCUCUACAUGAACAUGGUCGGGCACCCGAAGCACGUGAAGAAGUGCCUCGACAUUGGAUGUGACAUCAUUUGCGCGCAGGGUGGCGAGGGAGGUGGCCACACUGGAGACGUUCCCACGACGGUCCUCAUCCCGGCUUGCGUCGACAUCUGCAAGAACUCCAAGAGCCCAUUGACUGGCAAGCCUGUGCCGGUUAUCGCGGCAGGCGGUAUCCACAACGGCAACAUGCUAGCGGCAUCGCUCAUGAUGGGAGCCGGUGCCGUCUGGGUCGGCACGCGAUUCGUACUGUGCACCGAGGCCGGUGCCCCAGAGUCGCACAAGGAGGCGGUCAAGACCGCCUCUUUUGACGAUACUAUCCGAACCCUCAUCUUCACCGGACGGCCGCUGCGCGUACGAAACAACCCAUACAUCGAGAACUGGGAAACGGAGCGACAAUCCGAAAUCAAGGAGCUGACCGCCAAGGGUGUUCUUCCCUACGAGGCCGAUCUUGAGAAGGUCAUGAGCGGCGGAGGUGAAGGCGUGCCCGGUCUCGAAACUGGCGACGGCAGUGCCAACGAAGACGAAGUGGACGAGCUGAUGGACCAGUUCCGACCAUUCUUGAUGGGCAAGUGCGCUGCAUUGGUCAACGAGCAGAAGAACGCCAAGGAGAUUGUGGAUGAGUUUGUAAAUGAUGCAUAUGCUGCUCUCAACAAGGGCACGAAGAUGGUUGCGAAGCUCUAAACAGUUGACCGACGACUUACGGCU